CGACGACGACGAGGACGACGAAGACGACGAGGACGAGGACGAAGACAACGACGACGACGACGGCAACGAGGAAGACGAAAAGGAAGAUUUCAAGUUAUUCGUUGUGCGCUUAAUAUUGCGUGCAAAAUUACGUUUCUCUCGAGUGGAGUGGAUGGGAAUCGUCGUUUAAAGUUGCAAUGUUUUUAUGAGAGGAAGAAUUAACGUCCGACGGAAGGAGAUAGGAGACGUAUUGUGAGAGAUAUUCGCGCGAGAGUUGAAGAGAGAAAGAGAAAAAUAUAGAGAAAGAGAAGGAGAUAGUAAGAGAGUGAGAGAAAGACAGAGAGAGAGAGAGAAUUUUACGUCGAAGAGAAAGAAAGAUAUAAAGAGAGAAAAGACGCAAGAAUGGCCGGCGACGACGGAGCGCCGAAAACGAACAAUGAGAUCUUCGCAGAGGAGGGAGAAGAGGGAAGGGGUGCGUUAGCGCGGGGAGAACCGCAUUCCAGAGUGGGCGGCAUUCUGGAAUGCGAUCCACCCGGUAACAGGAAUUCACCGAGCAAGCGAGCCUGCAGCGCCGCCGCCGCCACCGCCGCCUCCGCCGCCGCCACUGUCUCCGACGAAGACGAGGAAGAACUUGAUGAGGAAGCUGAUGAAGAGGAUGGUGGUGGAGAAGGAGGAGAUGGUGGUGGAGGAGGGAUAGUAUACAGAUAUGCCAUCCGGACCGCUACCAGUGCUAUGUCUUUUAUCGAAAUCUGCCAGAUACGCUUGCAACAUCUCUUCCCACAAUUGGCGCCACCCCCUCGAUACAAACUCUGUGAGAACUCGAUUGAAUUUACUGCCGAAUGUUUGGCAAACGACGUGAUACGUUAUCUCUUGAAGGAAGACAUUUAUCUAAUAUCAAGAGAUCCGGUAUCUCGCAGCAUGCGGCAUAACGUAUACCGGAUGCUGAACAAGCACAGUAUACUCUUCACAAGUAUGGUCAACCGUUUAAACGUUGUCCCUGAUACCGCUUACGAAGCUUUCGUCGGUGUCGCCGACGAAUUGUUCCUUCGCGGUGGCGUUACGUGGGCGAGAAUCGUUUGUUUGUACGCUUUUAUGGGGAGAUUAGCACUAUGGGCAAGGGAUAGGAGAAUGCACGCAUUGAAAAAGAAAUUACCUUUGUACGUCUCACGUUAUAUCGGCGAAGAAAUAGCUCACUAUAUCAAGGGAUACGGAUGGGAACAACUUUGCGUGGAGUAUCCAGUCGCCGAAGAAGUUAGCGGAGCAGUCUGGAGAAGUCUUCUAAUGACAGGUGCAACCCUUGGCUUGGUGACCACCAUAUUAACCGUAACUUCCUGAUACAAUGUCGCAAGUCGUUGUUUAAACCAGGGUACGUUCCGGUCGAAACCCUUUUGCGUACUUAUCUUCUACGAGAACGCGAUCAAAAGGAUAUUCGAACGUGUUCUUUUUUCCCGCGCUUAGGACGCAACCCAACGAAACGAGCGUGACGCUACUACUACUACUACUACUUCACUACUACUACUACUACUUCACUACUACUACUACUACUAUUACUACUACUACUA